CUUAACGAUCAAAAUCGAAAUCUAGCGAGAGAGUGAAGCAUCAUACAUACACACACACUCUCCUCGCUUACCCGAAAACGCGUGUUUUUCAAUGAAUCAUACGAUUUUUACGAUACGAUAGACGGUUUAACGCGAUAGUUUUCCUGUAUUGGUAACCUAGAGUUACCCUAACUGGAGAAACGAGUGUCUCCUUUUUCUCGAUUUUUUUUUAAUUAUUUUUUUUCCUGGAUUAACUGCUGUUUUUUGACUACUACAUGGCUGGAGUAGACUGUUGGAGCAAAGGAUCGCCAAAAGCCAGAGCUUCCUGUGCAAAAAUAUCCGUUCUGAUCUUAGUGACUUUGAGUUGUUGCCUGGCUGCCCCGACAACUUCCCAAUCGAACUUUGACCUCUGGCAUAAUCCGUGUUCCGGGCAGGUUGCAAGACCGAUACGUCACGCCCGCAGUACCAGUGCCGACAUGGAGUUGAAGUUUUUAAUGGAGAACUUGAACAAGAGCUUAAUAAGGGAGAUGAAGAAGCUGUACCCUAAGAAUGCUCGGGUUGGAAUGAAACACGUCAAGGGAAAUUGCCCCAAGUAUAACAAACUCGUGCAACCCAUUAGUAAUGCCGCUACGGUUGCUGACGCUUACAAGAACUUCCACCUGGCCAUGUAUCAACUGGCCGUAUUCCUCGAUGCCCUCAGAAACAUCCACAUCAACACCACCGUAUCGACAUUCAAUCCGGAAAAGCGACUCGAGAUCUUCAAUUCUACGAAAAGUUCCCUUAAACUCGCCAUCUGCGAGUUCCACGAGACCGUCAAGAGGGAUUAUAACGUGGUAUUCGCGUCGAAACCCCCGAAAGUCAAAAAGGGAUGUUUGCCGAAAACCGCGAACCUCGGGGAAAUUCAAAUGUUGGACAUACAGUUCGUUAAAAAACUGAAAAAGGUGAUACGUAAGGGGCGGAAAAUUUUAGCGCAAAAAAAGAAAAACGAAUUGAGCCAUAAGCGGACAAAAGGUGAAGUGUCGUAGUGUUUUUUUUUUGUCAUAGACUUUUAAAUUUAUUUAUUAUAUUAUGUAUUUUUUAUAUUAUAAGAUGCGUGUGACCAGCUGGGUAAUUUAGUGAUCACUUAGACAGAAAAAACUGUAUGUUUUGACCAAUUUUUAUAUUUUUAAUGACAAAAGUGAUCAUUUUUCUAACACAAAAAAAAAACCCUUAAAAAAAGUUGAUCCCAGUGGAACGAACUGACUGUAAUAAAUCAAAGCACUGUACAUUGUAUUUUAUAGAUAAAUUUCUUUUUUUUAACAUAUUUUGUCUGUGAUACUGUAUUUAUUUUAUUUAUUGUUUUAAUAUUAUUAAGGUACUCAAAGCGUGCGGGCGAAAUGUAAUUUUAUGCGACCCUUAAGGGAUUUUUAAAAAAAUAUUUUUGCGCAAGGAAUGACAAUUAUACACUGUAGCUAGUCUUACAAACGAAAAGACCAGUGAGGAAAAUGUAAAAAAAAAACAAAUAAGCUUUUUUUCUGUACAGACUUAAAUGUAUUAUACUUUGUGAUAUAUUGUUAGUAUUUAUUUAUUUAUUAUUAUUAUUAUUUUUUUUAAUUUUGUAUACCGUCGCCUUGUCAAGACUUGUGAUCGAUUGUAUAUCCGAAACUGUACUUACAACCAAUAAUCUUCUUGAAUAUUUUUUAUUGUUAUAUCGACUGGUUUGUAGUUUUAGUUAGUGGUGUAAACUGCACGUGCGAAAAAGACAAAAAUAUAAUACAAUUAAUUUUUUAAUUCAUAUUAUAUUUUUCGUUUGGUAUUUUGUAUGUGUUAGUUAAUGUAUUAUUUUAUCAGUAUUAUUUUUGCCAAUGUAAAAUGGUUGAGUAACAAUAAGGAACGUUUAAGGAUCUGAAAAUUUGAUAUUUUUGUACGAUAUGAUUGUAAAUAAGUCGAAAUAUACUUCUUAAGUUUAAUA